AUGAUCAAAACAAACAACCUUCAAGAACAGCUAGAUUGGCUAAACCAGGCUAAACCUAAUCUACCGAGUGCUCAGGUAAUUGCAGCAGCACUCAAAAAGUAUCCCAAACUGAAAGUCGGCAACGCAUCAUCAUCAUCGCUAUCGACGCGUCCGGUAUUCAAUGGUCAACUGCAACAACACCAUCACCAAGAACGGCCCGGAGCUAGCCAAAAUCAAUCUGGCUCGUUAAGAGAAGAUGUGUCUGUCAUUGGAAAUCUAGUCGUCACUACUAUAUCCCCUGAAAGUGACAAAGAAAAUGUACCCCCUCCACCCAGAAUCCAAAACAAUGACUUACAUGAAUCUUCAUUCAAUUCUUCAUUCAACACAUCAUCUGCAUCUUUGAUACUGCAGUCACUCACACAGAAUAGAGGCGCAAGCAAAGUCAAGAAAACGCAAUCAAAACUACCAUUGGUGUCACAGUUUUUCAAACCACAAAGUGAAUCGUCUGUACAUACAACUCAAUCAUCACAAACACGACAUAGGAGCCAAACAAGUCCAGACAACGUAAUAGACUUAACACUUGAUGCUGACUCUCCACGAAAACGGCCCGCAGAAGAGGAGUCACCCUUGUUGAACAAACGUGCAAAACCUGAUAAAGCACAGCGUUAUCUCGAAUUAAUACAAUUGCAAGAGUCCAAGAUCAAAUUACUAGAGGAAAAAUUUGUCAUUAGUGAAUCUACCUCCAUUUCGUUGGACCAGAAGAAGGAACAUUACGUUGAAUUGCAGGCAAGAAUUGCAUCCUUGGAUGAUUUGAUUGCUAAAUUAAAAGAUGCGACGAAUGAGGUGGUAUCACCAACGCAGCAUGAAGCAACUGAUGAUAUAGAAGAUACCAGUAAUGAUACACACGUGUUUAGAGCACCAGCAAGACCAACAAGGAUUGCAGAAGCAAGGGAAAUUGUUUCAAAUAUUGACGUUGAUAAUAACAAUCUGAUGUUGGAUAUAGAAGAUGAUUUUGGUAACAACACAAUGGACGGAUUGAGGACCCCAACGCAGGAGCGGGACGAUGUUGAUGAUAUGGGCAGCUUUAUUGAUGACGCCUCUAUUCCAAACUCACCUUCUGCCUACGGAUUUUCCGAUGAUGAUGGUUCCGAUGCAGUUGUUAUUGAUAGUCAAGAGAUACAGAACCUCAGGUUGUCGCCUGAUGUGGCAGAGAAAUACGGAAUUAACUAUGACGAAAAAUCUGUGCCUCCCAAGCAAAGAAAUAAGAAUAACAAUGAUGAUGAUCUCGAAUGGCCGAAUGAGGAUCCGGAUAAUGAUUACGUGGAGGAUAUUGAGUUCUCCACUCAGCUUAAUCAAGAGCGAGAAAUUGAUAUUAUAGAGAUUGAUUCAGACUCGGAUGAUGACAUUGACUUGGCUGACAAUACUGCUCUUAGCGAGAUGCCACUACCUGCGCGCAACAUGCUUAGCUCUUCUGAAUCAGGUGCCGAGUCAACCGCAUCCAAUCUAAAUGCCAUGUCAGUAUCGGUUAUUGCAAAGCAGAAUGGACCUCCACUACUAAACAUGGACAGCGAUGACGGUUUCAGUGAAGACGAUGACGAAAUCAUGCAACUCAUCAAUGCACCCAAACCGGUAACUCGUGUGGUGCCGAAAGGGUCCGAGGAUUUUAUCGAUGAGGUGUAUGACACGCUUAAUAAGGUAUUCAAACUUCAGUCAUUUCGUCCUAACCAGUUGGAGGCGGUUGUUGCUUCCCUUUUGAACAAGGAUGUUUUUGUUUUGAUGCCUACCGGUGGUGGUAAGUCUCUAUGCUAUCAGCUUCCUGCGUUGAUCAAAGGCGGCCAUAGUAAAGGCACAACUGUUGUUAUAUCGCCGUUGAUAUCCUUGAUGCAGGACCAAGUGCAGCACUUGAUACACAAAAACAUCAAAGCGGGAAUGAUUAGCUCCAAAGCAAAUAGCGACGACAACAAACACACCUUGAACCUUUUCCGUGAAGGGUUCCUCGAUAUUGUAUAUUUGUCACCAGAAAAGGCAAACAAAUCCACAAUGAUUCAAAAGAUUAUUGGCAGGCUUUAUGAACGCAAUCAACUAGCGCGUGUGGUGAUUGACGAAGCUCAUUGUUUAAGUUCGUGGGGUCAUGAUUUUCGUCCCGAUUACAAGGGGAUGGGCUUUUUCAAAGAACGGUUUCCUGCAGUGCCAAUAAUGGCAUUGACGGCAACGGCAAAUGAAAAAGUGCGGAUGGAUAUUGUACAUCAUUUGAAGAUGGAUUCCCCAGUGUAUCUCAAACAAAGUUUCAAUAGAACCAACUUGUAUUACGAAAUAAGGUGGAAGAGUGGCAAUUACCUUGAAUCAAUGAAGGAUUAUAUCUUAUCAAGGUACAAGAACAAGUGUGGAAUUAUCUAUUGCCACUCUAAGCAGUCGUGUGAGCAGACUAGUGCCAAGUUAAAUCUGUUUGGAUUGAAAACGUCGUUCUAUCAUGCAGGUAUGUCACCUGAAGACCGUUUCAAGAUUCAAACCAACUGGCAAAAGAACAAGAUUCAGUUGAUUUGCGCCACCAUUGCCUUUGGUAUGGGUAUUGAUAAACCGGAUGUGAGGUUUGUUAUUCAUUUAUUUAUUCCAAGAAGUUUAGAAGGUUAUUACCAAGAGACAGGAAGAGCUGGUAGAGAUGGCAAGCCAUCUGAAUGUAUCAUGUACUAUUGCUACAAGGAUGCAAGGUCGUUGCAGAAUAUGAUCCAUCGCGAUGCCGACUUGACUGAGGAAGGCAAGGAGAACCACUUGGCGAAAUUGAGGCAAGUUGUUCAGUAUUGUGAAAACACCACUGAUUGCAGGAGGAAACAAGUGUUGCACUAUUUCAAUGAAACAUUUGACCCCAUCAAUUGCAAGAAGCAGUGUGAUAAUUGCAAAAACUAUAACCACGUCACUGUUGUUGAAAAGGAUUGUACACAGUACUCCCAAGACAUUCUCAAGCUUGUCAAGUCUAUUCAAAGUGAAAAAGUAACCGUUUUACACUGCCAGGAUGUGUUUCGAGGUCUCAAGUACAACAAAAUUACCAAAAUGGGCCACAACAACAACCCAUAUCAUGGAAAGGGGAAAAACUUGGACAAAACUGAUGUCGAAAGAAUUUUUUUUUACUUGCUUAGUGAAGAAUGUCUUGUUGAAUACCAAGUGAUGAAAGGUGGCUUUGCUUCGAACUAUGUCAGAGUGGGGAGAAACGCGUCAAAAGUGUUGAAUGGGAGGAAAACGAUCAAAAUUCAAUUCAGCUCUACAUAG